AUGAUGCAGCGCGGCACAGACCCGGCGGAGACAUUCAAAACUAUGGCAGAAGAGUCGGAUGUAUCUAAACCAACUUUACCCCUUGAGGACACAGAGGACACAGAGGACGGGUCCAUCGGUAGCAGCGGGGACAAUGGGAUAAAGACACGUCUGAGGUUUUCUCCAGAUGAAGAUACGAGCUCAACUCAGGAGCACGACACGACGAGUGAAGUCCCAACUUUACACCGUGUUCCCGAAGACUCCCUUUCAUACCGAGCGACUGCGGAAACAGCCGAACAGCUCUCAGCCCAGGCCCCACACACACCUUUACACUCGGAUCAAGAAAGAGAAUUGAAAGACGUCUCCAAUGAAAACAGGUUAAAUUCAAAUGAGCCGAGUGUAAACAACACGGAGGAGAAGGAGAACGUCGCUGCAGAUAUUGCCCAGGAAGAAGAGGAAAACACGUCUGGUCAGAAAGGUUUGAAUGAUUCCAGUGUGACUGCCAGUAAACACAGUCACACAGAGGACAAUGAUGCUGAGGUGGCGAGAAGAGCGCGGGAGCAAGGCUAUGUGAGCGUCGUCUUUCCCGGCACUGUGACUCAGGAAGGCUGCUGCCGCUUUGUCAGCGAGAUCCUCAAGUGCAUUCUCUAUCAGAGACAGCAACUACCCAUGACGUAUGACCAGCUUGUUUAUUCCCAGAAGAAGCAACAAGCCUCAAUGCAGGAUAAAGACACAGUGAUUCGCAGACCAGUGCAGACAGUGGACAUGGACUGGCGCAAGUGUCAGCAAACCCUUCAGGAUCUGGAGGAGUUGCUGCAGCAGCUGGAGGUGCUUUUUUCCCUGAGCAGGGUGCCCCGCGUGCUGCUCCUAAUGGGUGGCUCCCUCAUCCUGCCCAAAGAGCUGUAUGAGAUCAACCUGGAGGGGCUGGUGUCGGCUGGUGGGGAUCACAGUCUACGGGUGUCCUCGUGCUUAAGGCAACUCUUCCGCACGCUUUUCGUGGCGGACCUUUUGUCUGACACCAGACCUGUUCGUUUAAUGCCCACCACCGUCUUAGUGCUUGCUCACAGGGAUUGCGGUGUAGGCUGGUUCCGUCCUAAACUACAAUUUAAAGUGCCAACUCGUGUAAGGAACCAAAUUAUUGCUCUUUCCACUGAUCCCAGCAAGGACACAGGGGCAGAGGGGUCAGACUGGCAGGAUUAUGUGUGGUUUCAGGCUCCAAUGAUGAUCAAGGGCAUCAGCAACUCAACCAAGACGGGGAGCAAAUAGAUUAAAGCUCCCUUUCUUAUACCUUAUAUUACAUUUUAAUGGUGGUUAAAGCGAAUUUUGAAUUGAGCUGUACAUGUUUUAUUGAAUUAUGAGAUAAAUCUUCUCUAGUGGUGAUUAAAAGUAUGUUAGCUCAAACUACAGGGGGUGUAUUGACACAUACUUUUCUCUUACUGUCUUUUGAAAUAUUGAGAACAUUUGUUCUCAAGAUGCUUUGUUGGCAUUUGAUAAAAUCAGUUGGGGAAUAUUUUAUUUUUAUAUAUUUAUUAAGAAUGUUUUACAUGUUUUGUAUCACUAAUUUGUAAAGACAUUAAAGGGAUAGUUGGCUGAAAUAUGAAAAUUCACUCAUUAUCUACUCACCACUAAGUCGAUGGAAAGGUGGCGGGAACACUUCUGGUGUCUCAGAAGUCAAUUUUGUUGCAGCAGGGUCCAAUACAGAUUACGUCAAUGGUGCACUAGACUUCAGACUUAAUAAAACAAGCCUAAAAGUCAACUCCCUUAGGUGCGAUGCUAGCAGACGUAGCUAAACAAUGUAUAGAUAUCAGCGGACAUUCAGGCUUAAAACAUGGUGCAAGUGAUGCCGUUUUCAGUUGAAAAUAAAUGUCGGGGUAUGCAGGCACUUGAAUGACACAACACGAGCAAUAUUUCACUCAAACUCAAACACUUAACCCACCCCUCCAUUGGCUUAGUGGUGAGUAGAUAAUGAGUGAAUUUAAAUUGUUCAGUGAACUAUCCCUUUAAACACAAACCAACAAGCAUAAUGCUGAUGCAAUAUCAUUCUAACCUACUUAACAUGAGAGGUUUAACACAUUAUAUUGAUUUAUUUAAUACAAUCUGUAGACACAUUGGAUUGCGAGUAUCAUCUGUGUACAUGUUUACAUUUAUCUAAACCUUCAUGUGAUUUCAGCAGUGUUGCAAUUUUGUGGACACGUUAAGAAUUUGAUGUGUUGUGUGGGAGGGAUUUGUUUAUGUGUUCCAUCAUUAAAAAGACAUAUAACAUAACAUUGGUCUGAGAUGUCAUUAAGUGGUUCAGAAACAAAACUGAUUAUAGGAACCACCAGAAUGGAAUCAAAUCCAGGCCAUAGUUUUAAUCAUUUGAAAUAUGAUACUGAAAAAAUACAAUCUGAAAGUGAAAAAAAGAUCUGAAACUGAUACAAAUAAGAUCUGAAUCUGUAAAAGAAUAAGAUCUCAAUCUGAAAAUAUAAAAUCUGAAACAGAAAACUGAGACCCCAAAUAUCAAACUGUAUAUGAAAACGAAAUAAAUACUUUACUCAAAACUAUUCCAGAACUGAACCAAAAUUAUAUUUAACCCCCCAAAGCUUUAAUAUAUUGUUGUGUUUUUCCAGAUCCAAACUUCCUUUUAAUUUUUUAGUCAAAUAUUCAAAACUAUUGGCUUGGAUUUGGCUCCAUACUUUGGCUCGACAAAAAGCAGCAUUUUUUAAAUUGAAACAUGUCCGGAGGGAACGCGCUCAAUCCAGUGGCCACAGAUAUACCUGUUCUGAAUAAAAUGUAAGAAAUGUUUGGGUCUCAAGGCUUGUAAAGGUCGGAUUGGCUAAAUAAAAAACUACAGUUUUGACAUGUGAGAGCUUGGUCGCAUGCUGUGUUUUCAGCACAAGUUAUUCAUGAUGACCGCAAGCUGUCUGUUAUAAGGUCAUUUCUAUUCUGACCACAAAAAAAUUGAGGAUCAUUCUCUCCACCU